CGGCAGGCUGCUGGUUAAUAUUUUUCUUUAGCAGAACUUCUACUUUUUCUCUUUCCUUUCUCUUGGUUCUUCUUCCUACAGCCAAAGCCAGCCCGGACAGGACGGUCACCCAAUCGACCCACCGCCCAUCCAUCCAUCCACAGAGAGAGAAAGUGCGUGCAGAGAGAAGGACCGCUCCCCACGUAAACUCCACGAAGAUCUCCCCACUUAGAGAGAUAGGAAGGGGGAGAGAGAGAGAGAGACCGAUCUUCGCGGGGGAGAACAGAGAGAUUUGCAUACAAAAAUGGGGACGCUCAAGACAUGGAGGAAAGCCUAUGGCGCCCUCAAGGAUCAGACUAAAGUCGGCCUCGCCCACGUCAACAGCGAUUUCGCCGAUUUGGAUGUCGCCAUAGUCAAGGCCACGAACCACGUCGAGUGUCCUCCCAAAGACAGGCACCUCCGGAAGAUUCUGAUUGCCACGUCUGCAAUUCGGCCCCGGGCUGAUGUUGCAUACUGUAUUCACGCUCUCAGUCGGCGAUUGUCGAAGACCCAUAACUGGACGGUAGCAUUGAAGACUCUAAUAGUUAUUCAUAGAAUUUUGAGGGAGGGAGAUCCUACCUUCAGGGAAGAACUUCUGAACUUCUCUUCAAGGGGACGCAUUCUUCAGCUCUCUAACUUUAAGGAUGACUCGAGCCCCAUAGCUUGGGAUUGCUCUGCCUGGGUACGGACAUACGCACAGUUCUUGGAGGAUAGACUUGAAUGCUUUAAGAUUUUGAAGUAUGAUAUUGAAGCUGAGCGUCUUCCCAAACCUGCCCAAGGGCAGGACAAGGGUUAUAGUAGAACUCGGGAUUUGGAGAGUGAAGAGCUGUUGGAGCAGUUGCCGGCUCUGCAGCGUCUGCUUUAUCGUCUUAUGUGUUGCCGGCCUGAGGGAGCAGCUGUUGGGAAUUACUUGAUACAAUACGCCUUGGCUUUGGUACUAAAGGAGAGCUUUAAGAUAUAUUGUGCCAUCAAUGAUGGAAUAAUCAAUCUCGUGGAUAAGUUUUUUGAGAUGCCUCGCCAUGAAGCUGUCGAAGCCCUUGAGGUUUAUAAGCGUGCUGGCCAGCAGGCUGGAAAUCUGUCCGAUUUCUAUGAAGUUUGCAAAGGCUUGGAACUGGCAAGGAAUUUCCAAUUUCCCAUUUUGAGAGAGCCUCCACGAUCAUUUCUAGCAACCAUGGAAGAGUACAUUAGAGAGGCGCCUCGGGUUGUCACUGUUCCAACUGUUGAGCCAUUGCUUCAAUUGACAUAUCACCCGGAAGUGCCUGAGGAAGAUACCACUGUUCCUGCCGAGGAACCUGAGCCAGUUCCUUCAGAAGAUGUCACUACCACUGUGGCUGAGGAGGCUGCUCCUCCUCCCCUUCCUCCUGCUUCCCAAAAAACCUUCAAAACUGGGGAUCUGCUGGGGCUGAACGAUAACACAGUAGAUCCAUUUUCGAUCGAGGAAAAGAACGCUUUAGCUUUGGCCAUUGUUCCCUCUGGACCAGAUGCUGCAGCUACAACAUUUGAUUCUGGUGCUGCUCAAGCAAAGGAUUUUGAUCCAACGGGUUGGGAACUUGCUCUUGUUUCCACACCAAGUACCGACAUCUCUGCGGCUACUGAAAGGCAAUUGGCCGGUGGGCUCGACACACUUACACUUAACAGCUUAUACGAUGACGGAGCCUAUAGAGCCUCCCAGCAGCCUGUCUAUGGGGUCCCAGCCCCAAACCCAUUUGAGGUGCAAGACCCAUUUGCUGUCUCAAACAACAUUGCUCCCCCUCCUCCGGUCCAAAUGGCGUCAAUGGCUCAGCAGCAGGCUCUCAAUCCCUUUGGCCCUUACCAACUGCAACCUUCGCCUAUGUUCCCACAACAGCAACAUCCAAUGAUGCCCCCUUCUAGUAACCCUUUUGGAGACACUGGAUUCUCUGCAUUUCCACAAAAUCCUGUGGCCACACACCCGCAGUCUAGCAACCCAUUUGGUAGCACUGGCCUCUUGUAAAAUUGAUGUUUGUGUCUUUGCUUGUGUCAUGAGCGUUCUUGUGCAAGUUGGGGCGAUUGGCUUUUUUGGCGCAGAGACGAAGCGUAGAAGCGGUUUAGACAGUGUCAUUAGUUAUACUGAUGGGUGAUUGGGAAUUGAGUGAUUUGGUGGAUAUAACAGUACAUAGAUUAUUAUACAUGCCGUGCCUAGUGCUGCUGCUUCGGGUUCUUGUGUCCGCUUGAGGGAUUCAAUCUUUGUGUUGGACAAGUUUUCUGUAAUUAGAAAUCGUGAACAAGUUCAAUAACCACUGUGUUCAAUUUCCAUUUCUCUCA